AUGGAAAUGGGCACCAGUGAUCAGGUCCUGGUCGCCGCCAAGAAGUCCAAGAAGUUCGCAUAUGCCAUAGGUUUUGUCGCAAUGGUGGCCGCAAUUGGCGUCGUUGUAGCGCUUAUCGUCAUUUUUGCCGCCGAUGUGGGAGGAGCAGAAACUACGACUACACCACAGCCACCAACAUCGGUGAGUCCAACAUCGCCAACGGAUUCAACAUCAUCAUCGACCUCAACAACAACGACCACUCCCUCACCGGAACCUUCACCAUCACCUCCACCAACGCCUGAUGAUAUCGAUUUGGCGGAUAUACUUAACGGCGAAUACUCUCCUACUUACUUCAAUGGAACGUGGACUUCUGGUAACGAAGUUUUAUUCCGCAAUGGAGACGGUCACCUUGUUAGAUAUAACGUAGAUGAUGACGACACUUUCAUCGUUGUAGCUAACACUUCACAGUAUUUACUUACAUCUUACCGAGUUAAUGAGAUAUCUUCAGAUAACAGAUAUAUUGCGCUAUCUUUUAGUGAAUCAGCGGUGUACAGACAUAGUUUUACAGCCCAAUACGUCGUCAUAGAUACUCGAUCGGGCGAUGAGUACCGAAUUACGCCGCCAGAUGUCUCUGAAGCGAAUGCAAACCUGCAAAAUUUCAAAUGGGCGCCAUCGGGCACAGGCUUUGCCUUUGUGUAUGAGAAUAAUGUUUACUAUCAGUCUAACAUGACAAAUGAUCCAGUACAAGUAACUUCUAGUGGUCAGAGUAAUGUCAUUUACAACGGUAUCCCGGAUUGGGUGUACGAAGAGGAAGUAUUCUCAUCAAACAACGCACUCUGGUUUUCAAAUGACGGCAGCAGAUUGGCUUACGCAACGUUUGACGAUAGCAACGUUAGAGAGAUGAAAAUACCGACCUAUGGUGUACCUGGGUCUGCUGAAUAUCAAUAUACAACCCACCGAAGCAUACGUUACCCUAAGUCUGGCACGACAAACCCCACUGUAUCGGUAACUAUAAGACAAUUGGAAGGAGGAGCUCAGAAUGUUUAUAACGCACCUAGUGAUUUGAAUCAGCCAAUUCUCAAGACGGUAACUUUCGUAAACCAAAACACAAUAGCCCUGAUGUGGACGAACAGAGUGCAAACUCAACUUACUGUAGAACUUUGUACACAGGGUACAGCAACUUGUAGAAGGAUCUACAGUUACACUCAAGAAAAUGGUUGGAUCGACAACAUUCCUUUUAUUUUCAAUCAAGAAGGAAACGCUUUUAUAACGAUUUUGCCAUUCGCGGUAAACAACAGAUUGUACAAACAAGUAGUUCAAGUAACACAGGGUGCGACUCCAGCGGCUACAUGGGCGUUGACAGGAAGAUCCAACACGGCACAUACCGUCCUUGAUAUCAUGAAAUGGACGGACGACAAUGUUAUCUGGUACACCGCAACUAGCGUGACAGACAGCAGUCAACAGCACGUUUACAGCGUGAACGGAACCGGUACUGUGACCUGCUUCACUUGUGACAUCGUUAGACCAGAUGGUGGAAGAUGUCUCUACAACGAAGCUGUUACUAACGAGGAUGCAUCUCGUAUCACUGUGAAUUGCGCUGGACCUAAUGUUCCACAAGUCUUUAUCUAUGACUCGAACGGAAGCCUAUUAAGAGUUUGGGAAGAGAAUGGAGGACUAGCCAAUUUGACUACCUCUGUUUCUUUGCCGGUUACUUUUAUAGAUUCUGUCUCCUUGGGACUAAAUCUUGGCGAUGCUAAAGUACAUAUUCAGGCACCGAGAGACUAUUUAAGUAGAACUAAUACCCCGUUAUUGGUUUAUGUAUACGCUGGUCCUGAUACAGCACAAGUCACUCAGCAAUGGAACGUAGAUUGGGGAACUUCUCUAGUCAGCCGAUAUGGCAUAGCUGUAGCUCGUAUUGAUGGUAGAGGCUCUGGAUUGCAGGGAGUCGAGAAUAUGUUUGCUGUUAACAGGAAAUUAGGCACCUUGGAGAUUGAAGACCAGAUAACUGUUACUAAAUUCCUGCAAGACAGGCUGCCUUGGAUUGACCGCAACCGCACUUGUAUUUGGGGCUGGUCUUACGGAGGCUAUGCUUCGUCCCUCGCCUUGGCCCGCGGAGGAGACGUGUUCAGAUGUGCGAUUGCUGUAGCACCUGUCGUGGACUGGAGAUUCUAUGACACCAUCUACACGGAGAGAUACAUGGACACUCCACAAGCAAACCCACAGGGAUAUUUGGACUCCUCGCUACUCACGGAAUCUGUGGUGGAAGCAUACCGUAGUAAGCGCUAUUUGUUAGUCCACGGAACAGAAGAUGACAACGUCCAUUACCAACACGCUAUGCUCUUCUCUCGCUUGCUGCAAAGAAGAGAUGUUUACUUCCAGCAGAUGAGCUACGCGGACGAAGACCACGGUCUACGUGGUGUAAGACAGCAUUUAUAUCACGGCCUCGAGAAGUUCCUGCGAGAGAAUAUGAUGUAG